CAGUGACAGGAAUAAAGUCACCUAUUGAUCAGCAUCAACUGAUCUUGCAAGAAUAGAACCAUGUCCGAGAUGAUCACGCGCAUUCACUUCUGGUUGCAGACGGUUCUCGUCGGCGUUCUAGUUCGCAGCGAGCUCUAUCGAGAAGGAGCAGAGCGGCGCAACGAUGAAAAAGUGCUACAAGAAUGGCUCGCUGUUGCUUGUGGUGCCACUUCCAACAGUGCUGGAACACUUGCAUAUUCACACACUAGCAGUGGUGUUGGAGAUCGCAGCUCCGACUUUUCCGCCCGCUUUCCUCCACCCAUUCUGGCUGCGGAGUUUCCGGUGAAGCAGGUUGUAGUGCUGAUGCGACAUGGCGCUCGCAUCCCUUGCACUGGAGGAAACGCAAAAGGCCUUGAUGUACGUCUAGGCUGUUGGCCGGAUGAUGAUAUCAGCUUCGAGUGUCCAGUUGAGAGGCGCAGAGAGGAAUUCAUACGACACUUUCAGAAACAUCACCGCGGCGACCACUCUUCGUUUCCCUUGAGUGAGGACGCAGAUGGACGUCAGCAUCAUGAUGGAGAGGAGCCAGAUCGAAGCAGUGUGCCCCACAUUUACGAAGGGCACGUCGAUGGUAUUGAGGAACAACAGUCUGCUAAUCUUGAUCAAGACCGGCGAAGCCCAGGAAGUACUCCGACGUCGCUUUCGCAACGGACUAGUUCGAGGACUCCAAUGCGUCAGCGUCGCUCUUUCCUGGCGAUGCGGGUGCUUCCGACCGGAAACGAGUGGCGGGGAACUUGUCGGUUAGGACAGAUGACGGAAAGCGGUGAGCAGCAGUGUUUCGGCAACGGCGUGCGGAUACGUGAAGCGUAUGCCGGUGGAAGUCGUGGAAGCAACUUGUUGUCCAAACAGCUCACAGUUUUCUCAGAUGAUUCUUCCAGGGUGAUGCGCUGUGGGGAGUUGGCGACUUCGGCUAUGAUGGAGACUCACGAGCGGGAGAGCGACAGCGUCAUUUCUACGAAAGAGACAAUGGCAACACAACUACAAGGAGAUGAAGAGGAAGACGAAGUUGCUUGGCAUUUGCUGGGGAGACCAUCCGGGCUCACACCCGGUUUGUGUCCUGCCUAUGGGGAAGCUCUGAGCGAAUUCUGGGAGUCUGAGUAUUAUGUCGGGGAUCGUGAUAUGCUCAAAAACUACGUACAGAAGCAAAAAGGAAGAACAUGCAAGUUUUAAGUGAUGUAGACUCUUACAAUUUAUCACUGGAAGUGGCAUAGGUAACCUCUUCAAAAGGUUCAAUUUCGCAGUCAACCCCUUCGCUUCCAGCCAUCUCUAACCUUUCGUAAAGGAAUUGGAAGCUGCGAAUCCGCAUUUGCUCGGAGAGCUGCGAGAAUCGAUGUUUUCUUCGGGAUAUGCACUCGGAAAGAAGCUGGACUCGCUGAAGGCUGUCAGCAAGGUGAUGGACUGUGUGCAUGGGCACUUGUGCCCGACCGUCGUUCAGGAACUUGCUGCUACUUCUAGCGAAGAUAGGAAUCCGCGUCGUCCAUUGAACGUUUCUGUGUUGGCUUCGACAAUUCGUUCAGGCUUUGCUACCGUGAAGUACCAGGCUUUUUUCGAGAGUCCGCGACUUGCGAAGCUGGGCGUGGGACCGUUUUUGCGAACUAUGCUGCGCAAUCUUCAACAGCCAGGGAGAAUGACUAGGCAAGGGUCUUCGACCUCCAGCUCGUCCUCCAGUACUCCCACAGCAAACGAGGUGGACGAUGAAGCCUCUGGAGGUACUUCUACAGCAGACCGCACGAGAACGAAGGAGAAAGUAGAAGCAGAAGAGCUCUCAUCAAGCGGAGACCACCUGCCAUCUUUACACGUGUAUUUUGGACAUGACGGGGGUCCACUGGGCCCCUUCUUAGGGGCAGUGAAUGCGUCACUACCACCAGCACAGCGGUGGCCGCACUUCGGGUCCAUGAUGGUCAUCGAGCUAUCGGACGAAAGAACGGACCGCGCACGUUUGAUCUACAAUGGAGAAUUGCUGGAUGCUACUGCGGCAUGCCCAACUGGUCGCUGCUCACGGAAAUCGCUCUUGCAAAAGCUGGAGGCACUCAUUCCAUCGGAGGAAGAGUGUUACAAUAAGACAAUUAACAUUGCUGUUGCCAUGAACAGUAUGUUGCAUGGUACUGAAAAUGAAAAUAGUAGAAACUCCGAGAUCAAUCUUCAACAACAUCUUCAGCAUAGAGAUAAUGGUCAUAAUGUGAACUAUGACGAAGAUUAUGGCAGGAACCCGCAUCCAGUACAAAGUUCUCGAUCAAUGUUGAGUACUGUAGUCUAUCAGUAGCUGCAACCAUUUUGGACGUAAGAGUAUAUCCUUGUAUGUUGCAAUAGAGGUCAUGUUGGUUAUAGUUUUUGCAACAGGCACUUGAUUUUCCUGCUCUAUCUAACUAUGUCUCACCUGAACUGCUCGCGUGUAAAGCAGUUGGAGCAUGGUGGCAGUACGGUCGCUCAUCUGCCUGUAUGUGUGUAGUUGUGUUAUUUUCCUGUACAGCUUGUCCGCUUGACCGCAUUUAUUUAGAAAUACCAUCUUGUCAGGUUCGUUUUCGAAUAGUUUUCGAAGCCGAUUCUUGUGUUUUUUUUGCAUCAUGUUGCAUAGAACAUAUGAUUGAUUUUUUCGGAAAGCAGUACUGGUGGACAGAGUGUGCCAAUUGGAAGUUGUUGUCGAAAGCAUGAUAGCUGUAACAGAGCGAUUGCAUUAAAAAUAUUGGGCGAGUUUUCGUUCUGUUAGAGUAACGUGCGAUGCGAUAACAAUGUUGAUCAAAUUUGUUGUUGUCAAUAGUAUGAAGAGGCUGCUCGUAUCUGCCAC